AUGGGGUCGUGUGGUCCUGUCUCCACACCAGCUUCAACCUCAUCCAAGCUCUCCACAACUGGUGGACGUCCAUUUCAUGGUCAGACUCUCUAUAGGAGUACCGUUGGAGCUUUACAAUACUUGACGUUUACUAGACCCGAUACAACGUAUGCGGUUAACAAAGUUUCACAGUUUAUGCAUUGUCCUAUGGAUUCUCAUUGGGUUGCUGUCAAACGUAUUCUCUGUUAUGUCAAUGCUACUUCCUCUCAUGGUUUAUUUUUUUCUCGUGGGUCCUCUGCCUUGCUUCAUGGUUAUAGUGAUUCAGAUUGGGGAGGUGAUGUUGAUGAUCGCAAGUCUACCACUGGAUUCGCCAUUUUUCUUGGCUCCAAUUUGAUUUCAUGGGCUUCUCGAAAGCAAAAAGCUAUAUCGUGGUCGAGCACAUACGCUGAAUAUCAUGCAUUAGCUGCUGCUACCUCUGAGAUGACAUGGGUUGAGCUUCUCCUCCGAGAGAUUGGAUGCUUUACCACCUCUAUUCCCAUUCUUUGGUGUGAUAAUCUUAGUGCUACCUACUUGACUGCUAAUCCCAUUUUUCAUUCUCGAACAAAAUAUAUGGAAAUCGAUUUUCAUUUUGUCCGUUACAAGGUUUGUGAUAAGUCUUUGUCGGUAAGGUAUGUGAGUUCUCAUGAUCAAGUGGCCGAUGCUCUCACCAAGCCUUUGUCCAAGGUCCGCUUCCUAGAUUUGAAGUGCAAGUUGACAGUUGUUCCACACCCUGCUCAACUUGAGGGGGAGU